AUGAGCUCCUCUAGGUUAGUUAGGGGUGCUAAAACCCGGAUGUUCGCUAUAGUUUGUUUAAUUUGUGUUCUUGGUGCUGUUGUUUUUGUUUUUCAUGGCACGCAAUCAAAAUUAGCUGAAGUGCAAAAGCUAGUCAAUAGUUGUAAUCAGCAACAAGAAUCAUUGUCAGCACAACUGCAAGUAAUAUUUGAAUACAAAGUAAGGCUAGAAAAGUCUCUAACAAAAGAAAAAGAGGAUCAUAAAUUAACAAAAGAAACACUUGAAGGAAAGCUAGCCGAAGAACGAAAAGUUAGAGAUAAAGAAAGUCUCGAAUCUAAGAACAAAUAUGACGCAUUAGUUCAACAGAAUAAGUUUUUACAGACCCAGCUUGAUGAUUUGAAAGAAAAUGAAAAAACUCAAGUUUUUAAACUGAGCGAAGAAGCUGAAGAUUUAAAAAAGGAGUUGGAAACAUUAAAGAAGGAAAAUAAAGAAUUAAUUAAAAAGAAGGAUGGUGAUUUCGAAAAAUUAAAGAGUGAAUACCUACAACAGCAAGAUGAUAUUAAUAAAUUAACGCAAGAAAAGGAAGAUCUUAAAAAUAAUAUAAUGCCCAAAAAUAGUCAUUUGGAUCAUUUAGAUAAAGAGAACUACCAGCUUAAAGAAGAAAUGGAAAAGUUAAAGACGAAGUUGUCAGAAUGUGAAGAUACCAAACUGGUACAAAAAAAAGAAGCAGAACCACAACCUGAUACCAAUGUUGGAGUCAUGCCCAAGAUAAUCUAUAGUGGACAAAAAAUUAAUGGUUCGACUACUCCGGGAUUGAAUCCUGAUGCACUCAACAAUUAUGAAGUGUCUUCAACAAAGCCUAUUAAAGAAUCUGAGGUUGCUAUCAAGAAAAAACCUGAUGAUCAAGUUGCUCAACCGCCCAAAAGACCUACUCAGGAAAGUGUGAGGCCUCUGGCACUCCCUGGGCAGCAGCAGCAGGAGCCAGGCCAAUCGGAAUUUGGACAGAUACCCGUGCCAGGUGGACAUGAUCCUUUGGGGAACACGCUCCAUAAACCAAACACCGGUGAAAAUCAAGAUGCUCAGCUCGGCGGUCCUCCAAUGAACAAUGGAGGGCAAGGAGAACCAGACGUAGGUCAGCCAAGGAUGUUUGCUCCUCCUCCUCCAGAUAACAGGGAUGAAGAUAAUAACUUCUUAAAACCAGGUGAAAUACCCAGGAUAAAAAAUGGAGAAAAUUACCAUGGAGCUGAUUAUGAGAGAGAACAACCAGAUGAUGAAGAAGAUGAUGAAGGAGAACAACUUGACUAUGAGGCGGAAAGAAACAAAAAGGAACAAAAGAAUGUCUUACAGCAACCUGUUAAAAUGAUCCCUAACAACCAUGAGGGUGGAGUGAUGGUGAACCCUAAGUAA